GCAAACUUAGUUGCUUCCGGGGAGCGGGAAACAAAGUCAUGUGAUAAUUGGGGCUGCAUUGAUCAUUGAUCACUCACUUAAUGAUGUAUAUCAGAAGGGGAAAAUAAAUCAGUUAACCAGUUACACUGAUUCAUUUUUACUUGAUAAGGAUAAGAUUACGCUUGCGCAAUCACAACCAAUCAUCUAUGCGGCCCCACGUAUCACGUUCCCUGCUCCCCGGAAACAGCAUCACCUCCGUUAGUUAUUGCUCGGUCUUCGGUCUCCAUAGAUCUAUGCCCAUAUCUAUAUCUUUAUAUUACAAUUUUCUCAAUCUUUAAUCCUUAACAUAUCACAUGAUAUCUUUUAAGAAUAAGGUCAAAAGUGAAAGCCUGAAAUGUUAAUCAUGUGCGUUAUACCUGUUGAAUGUGUGACUAAUGUUAAUGUCGAGAGAAAACGAAUUCCACGGGUGUGUGCAGUACAAAAAUGUCUACGAACAAAAUUACAUUUAAUUUAUUGAGAAAUAGAAAUAUAACCAGAGGAAUCUUAUGCAGUGAUCAUAAUGUGAAUUGUGAAAGACAAAGAAAUAUGCACAUUUCAACACAAAACAGAUUCCAUUUACAUCAACCCAACAAGAUUGAAGCAAAGCUUGCAGGAAGUCAAAAGCCAGAUUGGAACAGAGCUGUUUCAGAAGCGGAGAAAAUUGUUGGAUAUCCAACGUCAUUUUUAAGUUUACGGUGGCUCUUAAGCGAUGAAAUAGCAAAUGUAGCUUUGCAUUUGAGAAAACUAGUAGGAUCUAAUCAUCCUUUGUUAAAAACAGCCAAAAGUGUUAUUUAUAAUGGACGUAACAACAUGCAAGCAUGGGGUCUUAUUGUAUUGUUAAUUUCAAAAGCUGCUGGUCACUUAGGCGUAGAUGAUAUGGAGGAAGACAAAGCAGCAGGUGUAUUACACAGUCAAAGAGCUUUAGCAGAAGUAACUGAAAUGAUACGUACUAGUCAUCUUGUUCACAAAGGUUUAGUAAAUAUAGAAUCUGAUGUUUAUCUAGAAACAUCAGAAUUGAAUGAUAUGAAUUUUGGUAAUAAAAUUGCACUACUAAGUGGGGAUUAUUUAUUGGCAAAUUCUUGUGCUGAAUUAGCAAAUCUUCGCAAUCAAGAUAUUGUUGAAUUAAUGUCAAGUGCUGUGAGAGACUUAGCAGAGGCAGAAUUUGUAGGACGUAGAGAUAACCAAAAUAAUCCUUUACCUUCUAUACCACCCGAAGAUCGUAAGGAUUAUGCAGUAAAGGAAUGGACCCUUAGAAAUGUUUUAAGUGCUGGUGCCUUAUUAGGAAAGUCUUGUAAAGGUGCAUUAAAAUUAGCAGGACACAGCAAUGAAAUACAGGAACAAGGUUACAAUUUUGGAAAACACUUAGCGUUGGCUUGGCAAGCUUGCUUAGAUUUAGGUCCAUUUAUUACAAAAGAUCAAAAUGUAACAUUCAAUCUGUGUUCUGCACCAAUUAUGUUUCAUAUUGAACAUGACCCAUCAAUUUUGACAGAAAUUGAUAAAGGUUUGGAAUCUGUAAAUAAUGUAGAUUAUGUUAAGAUUCAUAAAAUUGUUAUGAUGGGACCUGGAGUAGAAUUAACAAAACAAUUACAGAAAAGACAUUCACAAAGGGCAAUGGAAGUUUUAAGUGUAUUUGAAAAGAAUGAUGCAAGAACAGCAUUAUAUAAUAUUAUUGCAGCUAUGGGGGAUUUCUGAACAAUAAUUUCAAUUAAAAAGUAAUAUAUUUUAUAUAAUUGCCCAAAGAUCAGUUUGAGGACUCCGUCCUAUUUUAAGUUUUCAGUUUUAAUAUACUUAUGAAAUUUAUAUUUUGUCUAUAUUAUAUAAUAAUAUUUAAAUAAAAU